AUGUCCGGCUUGGCCCUGUGCGCCCGCCGGUCCUCGCACGUGUCGACCGGCGGCCGGGACACGCCCAGGCAGGGCCCCGUGCGCCCGCCGGUCCCGCUCGUGCCGACCGGCGGCCGGGACACGCCCGGACAGGGCCCUGCGCGCCUGCCGGUCCCGCGCGUGUCGACCGGCGGCCGGGACACGCCCGGACAGGGCCCUGUGCGCCUGCCGAUCCCGCACGUGUUGACUAGCGGUCGGGACACGCCAGGACAGGGCCCUGUGCGCCUGCCGGUCCCGCGCGUGUCGACCGGCGGCCGGGACACGCCCGGACAGAGCCCUGUGCGCCUGCCGGUCCCGCGCUUGUCGACCGGCGGCCGGGACACGCCCGGACAGGGCCCUGUGCGCCCGCCGGUCCCGCACGUGUCGACCGGCGGUCGGGACACGCCAGGACAGGGCCCUGCCGCCGGCGCCCGACACUGCAGACCGCAGGUGCCCGGCACCACAGGCCGCCGGCGCCUGCCACUACAGGCCGCCGGCGCAGUUAUCCGAGCUAAGAUCGUCAUCGACGGACACUGGUCGAAACCGCUCGACCCGGCGCUCUGCCGACUCACGCUCUGCCGACUCACGCUCUGCUAA